AUGGCUGAGCGUCGAGAUAACUCGGUUUUGCUGCUGUUCCACAUGGAGACAGCGCCUGCACUCCCGCAAGAUGCUCUUGGCAAUGGUAGCUCGAGCGUCCAUCCAAUAGGCACAAACGCUAAUUCUCAGGCGAGAAACGCAGAAACCGGAGAGGGCACUUACGAAGUAUAUGCGUCGCCGCCUCCCUCCUUCUCUGGGGGAGACAACGGGGAUAAGGACCUCGCCAUCUCCCUCUUCUGUAAGUUGACAGAAUCGUUGCCGAAGGAUAAGGGACCUUUUAGCUUUUUGAGCUGGGAAGACGGGAGCGUGCACUGCGGGAAUGUGCGAGCGGGGAGCGUCGACGGUUUGGGGGUGUACAGAUACCCUGACAACUCGGUCUACUGCGGCAUUUUUGUACUACCGCAAGGCCCAACCUUCUUUGGGAACUUAUGCGACGGCUGGUUGCACGGCUUGUCUUAUUGUGUACCUCCACAUGGAGCCACUCGGCCACUGUUGGGGGAGUGGCGAGACGGAGAGUUUGCCAGGGACAUGGCGAUCGACCGGUUGAGGCAGUUCAGCGAGCUUGUCUCGCCCCUGCCCGCAGCAACCCCGGAUGACUCGGGAGCAGCAGGAGAGGGCCAGCACCCCUUCGAGGUAGCUGCCUCCCCUUCUGUGCAGCUCCAGGAAUACCAACAUAAAGUAAAAACGACUAGAGGAACUCAGCGUCCUAGCCCAGAUGUAGACGCACUUGCCCUCUUUGGCACAACUACAGUAGAAGUGAAGCCUCCCGAAGAGGUCCUUACGCGGCUAACUGCUCCUGCUCUCGCCGGAGCAUCAGCCGCCGCUUCCGCUGCUUGCGGUUGUGUGAAACUCGCGACUUGCGACGUGGUGACUCUUUCCACAGCAGGAACCCAGGAAGAGAGGGGCGCUUCAGUACAGGCGAAGAAUACGCCAGGGAACGGGAAGGAAGGAAGUCUACGCAUUGGAUUUUUUCUUUGGCAGACCAGUCUUGGCAGGCGCACUGCAGGCCCUGUGCGGCGCCAACACUGGUGA